GUACGACAGUGUGAGAGCGUACCAUGCAGUGGAGUGGGGCUAAAGACUGGGCAGUAUCGGCGGCCGUUACCAACACGGACACAUUGGCGCAGUGUUUUAGUGCGCGGCCAACCCAUAUGAGCAGCAUGUUUAAUCGAACCGAGAAUGGAGCUUUAAUGAGUCCGCCAACGAACAGCGAACAACAUGCCCCGUUUCAUUGCCGAUACCCAUACUACAACAAUAUCGACGCUGCCGCCGCGGCUGCAGCGGCUAGCGGACCCCACAACGAAGACAUGUCGACAUGGACAACGCUAGACUUCUCCCAGUCACGACAGUUCGCGAAUAGUUUUAACCAUCAUCAUCAUCCCGCUGCCGCGAUGUUGAACACGUCCCCCAGUGCCGCCCAACAGCAAUACAUGUCUUCAACGGGAUACCAGCUACAACACAACCCGCCCUACCCAAUGAACAUGGCCGGACCUUCUGGUUGCGGCUGGCUGACCACAUUCACGACGACGCCUCGGCGAACGAAACGGAGACCUUACUCAAAGUUGCAGAUAUUUGAACUUGAAAAAGAGUUUCAGCAGAACAUGUACUUGACCCGUGACCGGAGGUCCCGUCUUUCACAGGCAUUGAACCUGACAGAAAGGCAGAUUAAAAUUUGGUUCCAGAACCGGCGUAUGAAGCUGAAGAAAAUGACAGAUAGGGAGCGAAAUGAGCAAGAUAUGAUGCAACAACAACAACAACAACAACAACAACAGACCCAACAGCACACGCCACCGCAGCCAACGCAGACAGUCGUAGCUUAGAUAGGCUACUAGUAAAUAGUUCCAGAAUAGAUUGGUAUAAUUAGGUAUAUAGUAAUAUACACUGGAGUGGAAGUAACAUCGCGAGCACCAAUCAUAACUUGGUUUUUGCAUCCUUGUUAUCUUCCGAGUCGUGGAUGCACAUACAGGCAGAAUCACGUGACCACAGUCACGUAAACAAUGAUGUAACUGAAAGAGACCCAAACUGAAAGCGAUCAGAUUUUAAACACGUGUAGAAAUUGAAAAAGAAAACGAGCUGUUGUCUUCCUUACCACGCUAAAGAAACAAGCAAAAGUUACUCCGUGUACGAAUGAUGACAUAUCGCAAACACGUGACAAUUUGUUGGCGAAUCAUUCUCUGAGGUGAACGGUCUCGACAGAGGUCAGAGGUCAAAUGACAUCUGUACUGCAUAUUUCAUUUUAUUUAGACUAUUUAGUCGUCUUUUAUUUGUCAAUUUCACUAUAUAUAAAUCAAAGUUUUCCAGUUAGUAAUAAUGGGGAAGGGGUGGGAAAAUAGUGAAUAUCUCAUGACCUCUUAAGGUCACACGUCCAGGCACUUGCUGGUUUUAUUGUUGCAACGUGGCAGUAAUAAUGUCCAAUAGUAUACCCUGCAAAGUUAAACUGGUCUGAACUUCGAAGAAGAACGCUUGUAUUUUACUUAAUAAUUUAAAUAUUGCUUCCGUUUUUCAAUUCGUUAAAAUUGAAAUUUCUUGAAAAAAUGUUACUACCAGGCCCGGGAUGCGUGCUUUGCGCACAUUUGUUUAGAGAUAGCUAUGCGCCAUUUUGUGUCACGUGGUCUGAUGAUUUAUGAACGAACAACGUUGCUAUUGGUUAGUUGAUAUUUGAACUCAAAGAUCAUUUGCAUAACCACGUGAUUUAUUUUGGUUGUAUAAUACAGUGACUACAAACACGAAUGACAAAUUCCAGGGAAUCAAAAUUAACUACACAUAUGCUAGAUUGUUUUGUGUUGUUAUGUAUUUUCUUCCGUGCACAGAAGUCAACAAGACUGUUGACUUGGGCUGGUGUCUCGUUGUAUCGUUUCAAAACAUGUGACGAUGAGAGGGCGAGUAACCAAUGAACUGAUGAUAAAGUGCACGUGUCCAUCCUAAUACAUUUCUUAUUUGCAUAUUUCUGUGUCACGUGACAUGUUCUGACCGAGUACGGCUCAUAUCCGCCAUAUUGAUAUUGUUUUGUUUUGUUCUAAUACAGUCCAACAUUUUUAGAAUGAUAUUUCUAGUAUCCGUUCGCAAUAAGAGCAUUUGUAAAGUAAUUUCAAUGGCUUUGUAAUGUUGACAAAUUUAAAGGGCGACAGUCGUCGUGCCGCGUCCUAUUCGAUAUGGGACUCAUAGCGACGUAUACAACGCGUGUAAAAUACAUUGUUUGUUUACCUGAAAUUCGAACACGCACUGCGCGACGACCGCCGCGCUUUAAGCAUCAACUGCAAAUGAGACUACAGAUUGGCGUAACCCACAAUAUGACCAUGAUCGGUAGAAAAAGAAAAAAAGAGGUUUAUUUGGUUCAAAAUUAACAAAGAAAAUAUAGAAAAAUAUAAAAAAAAAUAGCAAAAUGUUACACCAGUAUUUUGUUGAAGAAUAUCAUGUUAUGAAGUGGUGGGGCAUAAUUUGUCAGAAACAUUACGUCAUGAAAGCAGUCACGUGAUGAGUGAAUGUUGCUUUCCAUGCAUAUAUUAUAAAGCUAUUUCUAUGAAAAGUGUUUUUAAUAUUUUUUUUUUUCAUGCCAUGAAUAAAGUAGUACAUUCCUAAUAA